AUGACUGCGGAUGCCCUGCAGGUGCGGGUCCUCCGCCUCACCGGCGAGCCAGUGGAGCUUGCAGUGGCAUCAGAAGCCACUGUUCACGAACUGAAGCUCCUUCUGAACGAGACCUGUGACGUGCCGUACUUCUGUCAAAAGGUAAUGCUGGGCCACGCGCUGCUCCAGGCUACAGAUGCUCUAUCCUCGCUACCUUUUCCCAUCAGUCUCACACUGGUGGUGGAUUCCUUCCAUCCCGAAGUGGCUCCGGCCUUGCAGGAGGCAGCUCGCCACGGCGACCUUCGCGCCGUAGAGAAGGCUUUGAGCGCCCCUGCAGACCCGAACCAGGCCGACGAGCAUGGUUGGACUCCGCUGAUAAUGGCCGCGCACGCCGGGCACGGGGAGGUCCUGCGUCUCCUCCACCGCGCCAGCGCGAACCUUGAGACUACCACGCCACACCGACGGACACCUUUCUUCGUCGCGUGCCAGAGAGGGCAUGUGGAAGCUGCAAGGGUUCUUUGUGAGCUUGGAGCGAACAAGGAGAAAGCAAGGACAGGUGGCUACACUCCGCUCCUCAUCGCGUGCCGUGAGGGCCAUGCGCCGGUGGUCAAGCUUCUAUGCGAGAUGCGAGCAGACAAGGAGCAUGCAGCCAUGCAUGGUUGGACACCACUGCUCCUCGCGGCGCGACAUGGCCACAAUGCUGUGACAAAGGCAAGAUUGGUGAAUGAAUGUUUGUGA